AUGACAGGGGAAAUAUAUGAAAUUUUGCAAGAGCCAGGGAAAUUGUAUGUGUAUGGGUUUCUUUCUGAACGUUUUUGCUCGAUUAGUCCUUUAAUUUUAGACACGAAGAAAAAGAUAAGAGGGUUGAGCCUUUAUACGUGGCUGAAAAAUGCGUCGACAUUAAAGAAAUAUAAGGUGUGGAAUAAGGUUCAAGAGCUAUAUGAGCAGAUAUUUAAGAUAGAUUAUAAGGAGACGAUAGGAAUUGAUAGAUUAAAAGAUGCUUUAAGUGCAUAUAAAGAUAGGAAAACGAAUGCAAAAGUGUUGGUAAGAGUGAAAACUAGUUAA